CUCGCCCAUCCCCCAUCCGACCUGAGCUCGGCCAUGCCGAAGAGAGGUCACUUUGGGACUUGGUCCCUUUUCUGUCCCCUCGUUAACCGAGACAACCUUGGGACCUGGGACCUUUUGACCUUCCACCAGUUCGACCGUCCCCGUGCUGCCACGUGUACCUUCCUCCCUUUGGCAAGAUGCCUAUAUAAAGGGGGGGGGGUCCUCACAAUUUGUUUUCACUCAUCUUUGAAUUUCUUCAAAUCUUGCCAUGCCGCGCUCGGCACCCACUCCUCCCGAUUCCAGUGAGAUGCGAGGAGAGACGUUCUCCUUCGGCAGCUACUCCCUCGCGGGCUCUUCUGCCAUUCCGACUGAGUCAGGGCCGAGCUCGACCCCGCCGCCCUCUCUGCGGGACUCUUGGGACUCGGACUCUGAGUCCGAGUCGGUGCACCCCGAUCCUUCUGCCAAGAUCCUGGGGUUCAUCUACUAUUCGUCGGAGGAGGACGAGAGGACCCCAUCUCCGCCGGCUCCGUCGGCUCCGCCGGUCCGUCGUGAGGUCGCCGCUCACCCGUUUCCUGCCGGCUGCAGUGGCCAAGGUCGCUGCCCUCCAGCUCCUCCCUCAGCGGUUCCAAGCGAGAGCUACGUGGCAUCCCACCAUCCGAGCCGGUGCUCCCUUGAAGACCCAGGCUCGCCCAGCUAUGACGAGUCUACCGGGCACUCCGUCAUCAGUCGGGCUCCUUCACCUUCCUACCCCCCACCUUGCCCUUGCGAGCGGGGGUGGAAUUGUGGCAUGCAUUGAAGUAUACCCGUACUUUAGUUGCAAGGUGUUUAAUUAUUGUAAGGCGUUUGUGCCAUGUACUUGCCCGUUUUCCGGGAUGAAUAAAAUUUGGAUUUGUUU